AUGGCGGUGAGUUUUGAACCGAACUGGCCACGCUCAGUUCCGCCACAGAUCGCCUUGUGCUCCGUCGUCUUCCUCCUCGUCUCUUCACAAUCAGACUCCGACGCUAGCCACUGCCUUGCUACAGCUACAGGUUCACCCAAUUCGAAGAACUCGGUUACAAAUUCUGCAAGUUCAUCAUCAUUGGUCUCGUCUCAAAGCAUUACGUCCAUGCCCAUGGCAGCUUUAUCCAUUAUUUUUCUUUCUUAUUUCUUUGGAGGAAGUCCAGAGAAAUUCUCUAGGAAACUAGAAUCUAAAUCAAGAAGCUUGCUUUGCUGGAAGGCAUCUAAAGUGACUCGUCGGAAAAGAAAUAGGCAUCCACAGCUCUUCAAGUCAAUUGGUGUAAAGCCUCCAAAAGGUAUCUUGCUUUAUGGCCUACCUGGGUUUAGAAAAACACUAAUUGCAAGAGCUGUAGCGAAUGCGACAGGUGCAUUUUUCUUCUUCAUAAAUGGCCCUGAAAUAAUGUCAAAGCUGGCUGGUGAGAGUGAAAACAACUUGAGAAAGGCAUUUGAGGAAGCUGAAAAAAAUGCUCCGUCUAUCAUCUUCAUUGAUGAAAUAGAUUCAAUUGCUCCGAAGAGGGAAAAGACACAUGGUGAAGUGGAGAGACGUAUACUAUCCCAACUUUUGACUUUAAUGGAAGGCCUCAAGUCCAGAGCUCACGUGAUCGUCAUGGGGGCUACCAAUAGGCCAAACAGCAUUGACCAUGCUCUAAGGAGAUUUGGGAGAUUUGAUCUAAAGAUUAACAUUGGUGUACCACAUGAGGUGGGAAGGUUGGAAGUCCUUCAGAUCCAUACAAAAAACAUGACACUUGUUGAAUAUGUUGAUCUUGAAAGGGUUGCAAAAGAUACCCAUGGUUAUAAAAUUGUGAAAAAAUCACAAAGAAAUAGGCAUCCACAGAUCUUCAAGUCAAUUGGUGUAAAGCCUCCAAAAGGUAUCUUGCUUUAUGGCCUACUUGGGCCUAGAAAAACACUAAUUGCAAGAGCUGUAGCGAAUGAGACAGGUGCAUUUUUCUUCUUCAUAAAUGGCCCUGAAAUAAUGUCAAAGCUGGCUGGUGAGAGUGAAAACAACUUGAGAAAGGCAUUUAAGGAAGCUGAAAAAAAUGCUCCGUCUAUCAUCUUCAUUGAUGAAAUAGAUUCGAUUGCUCCAAAGAGGGAAAAGACACAUGGUGAAGUGGAGAGACGUAUACUAUCCCAACUUUUGACUUUAAUGGAAGGCCUCAAGUCCAGAGCUCACGUGAUCGUCAUGGGGGCUACCAAUAGGCCAAACAGCAUUGACCAUGCUCUAAGGAGAUUUGGGAGAUUUGAUCUAAAGAUUAACAUUGGUGUACCAGAUGAGGUGGGAAGGUUGGAAGUCCUUCGGAUCCAUACAAAAAACAUGACACUUGCGGAAUAUGUUGAUCUUGAAAGUGUUGCAAAAGAUACCCAUGGUUAUGUUGGUGCCGAUCACACAGAGAAAAUUAACAUAGAAAAUUAG